UCACCCAGCCUCACCAAGCCACACAUUGCUGCCAUGGUUCGUGUUAAAAGUUACCUUACUCUUCUGCUGCUAUUCCUUCCUGAGGGGCUCUCUCAGCUGGUGAGAACACAGCAGGUUGUCACAGCAACCCUGGGAGAGGACGCUCACUUCAGCUGCAGGCUCAUGAAACCCAAAAACGUGCUUCAAGUCACCUGGCAGAAGGUGACACCAGGGGCGACUGAAAAUGUGGCCACCUACAACAAACGAUUUGGACCAGUAGUCAACCCACCUUUUCAGAGGAAAGUGGAGUUUGAAGACGAGGGUCUGCAGAACUACUCUAUUGUCAUCAGAGGAGUGUCAAGAGGAGAUGAGUCCUGCUACAAGUGUCUGUUUAACGCCUAUCCAGAAGGAGCUAUCAGUGGCAGGACCUGCCUCCAAAUUAAUGAGCUGUAUGGCCCCUCACUCCUCAUCACACAAACCAACAACAGUCACACCACUCUGUCCUGUUCUGCUACGGGACGACCUGCUCCUACAGUAACCUGGGACCACAUAGAAAACAUCAGUCUAGACAAAUCCACCAUGGCUGAUGUCACCCAUUCCAAUGAAACAGUCACUGUCACCAUAACUGCCAUGGUGGCAGCGUCCAGUCUACCUGACAAAGACACCAGGGUUAGGUGUGUAGCGUCAUCCCGUGGUGCCGUCAAGGAGGUUUCCAUGGUGAUUCCAACUAGGGAUCAAGCUUCAUUUGCAGGUAAAUCUCAGGUCUCUGAUGAUGACACGAUCAGUGGUGCAGUGGUUGGUGCAGUGAUUGGUGCAGUGCUGGGUUCAGUGUGUCUCAUUGCUGUAUUCUGUGUAAUAUGGCUGCAAAAGAGGAGAAAAGAUACCUCUUCCAGAAAACCCCCAGUUCCUGACCCUGAAAUCAGCAGAACUUCCUUAAAGACACCAGCAACAUCCAAACAUGUCACACCAACCUCCAGUCCAUCACAAAUCUCCAGUCCAUCACAAAUGAUACCAUCCCUCAGCUCGUCUGACAAGCGCAGGAUACAACCAGCUCAGGAGGCUGUAAAGAGAUUAUCUCCUCAGAGACCAGAUGACCUGCAAUGUAGAAGGAAACUUUUAGAGGGUUAUGAGAACUGAGUGACUACCAUACUGUCUCACACACAUCUGUGUGGUUCAGAGACCGUUUCUAUCCAUAGGCAUUGUGGGUACUGAAUAGUGGACUGAAUGGCUGACACACAUAGGCCUGCUGGUUAUUGUAUAUAUAGAUACAGUAUUAUGUAAAUAUAUUUUGUAGUUGGUUAAUGAUGAAACAUGAUAAAUCCACACUACACUUGUUUUGUUUUAUUCUUCACUUUUUUAAAUAAAUCAAGUGUUGUGAUAUUAUAACCCACACAAUGUCAUAAUGUAGACUACUUUCAUGGUGUGUUAUAUUAUAACCCACACAAUGUCAUAAUGUAGACUACUUUCAUGGUGUGUUAUAUUAUAACCCACACAAUGUCAUAAUGUAGACUACUUUCAUGGUGUGUUAUAUUAUAACCUACACAAUGUCAUAAUGUAGACUACUUUCAUGGUGUGUGUUGUUAUAUUAUAACCCACACAAUAUCAUAAUGUAGACUACUUUCAUGGUGUGUGUUGUUAUAUUAUAACCCACACAAUAUCAUAAUGUAGACUACUUUCAUGGUGUGUUGUGAUAUUAUAACCUACAUAAUAUCAUAAUGUAGACUACUUUCAUGGUGUGUUAUAUUAUAACCCACACAAUAUCAUAAUGUAGACUACUUUCAUGGUGUGUUAUAUUAUAACCCACACAAUAUCAUAAUGUAGACUACUUUCAUGGUGUGUGAUAUUAUAACCCACACAAUAUCAUAAUGUAGACUACUUUCAUGGUGUGUUGUGAUAUUAUAACCUACAUAAUGUCAUAAUGUAGACUACUUUCAUGGUGUGUUAUAUUAUAACCCACACAAUGUCAUAAUGUAGACUACUUUCAUGGUGUGUUAUAUUAUAACCCACACAAUGUCAUAAUGUAGACUACUUUCAUGGUGUGUUAUAUUAUAACCCACACAAUAUCGUAAUGUAGACUACUUUCAUGGUGUGUGAUAUUAUAACCCACACAAUAUCAUAAUGUAGACUACUUUCAUGGUGUGUGAUAUUAUAACCCACACAAUAUCAUAAUGUAGACUACUUUCAUGGUGUGUUGUGAUAUUAUAACCUACAUAAUGUCAUAAUGUAGACUACUUUCAUGGUGUGUUAUAUUAUAACCCACACAAUGUCAUAAUGUAGACUACUUUCAUGGUGUGUUAUAUUAUAACCCACACAAUAUCAUAAUGUAGACUACUUUCAUGGUGUGUGAUAUUAUAACCCACACAAUAUCAUAAUGUAGACUACUUUCAUGGUGUGUGAUAUUAUAACCCACACAAUAUCAUAAUGUAGACUACUUUCAUGGUGUGUGAUAUUAUAACCCACACAAUAUCAUAAUGUAGACUACUUUCAUGGUGUGUGAUAUUAUAACCCACACAAUAUCAUAAUGUAGACUACUUUCAUGGUGUGUUGUGAUAUUAUAACCUACAUAAUGUCAUAAUGUCAUAAUGUAGACUACUUUCAUGGUGUGUUGUGAUGUUAUAACCUACAUAAUGUCAUAAUGUAGACUACUUUCAUGGUGUGUUGUGAUAUUAUAACCCACACAAUAUCAUAAUGUAGACUACUUUCAUGGUGUGUUAUAUUAUAACCCACACAAUAUCAUAAUGUAGACUACUUUCAUGGUGUGUUGUGAUAUUAUAACCUACUUAAUGUCAUAAUGUCAUAAUGUAGACUACUUUCAUGGUGUGUUGUGAUAUUAUAACCUACACAAUGUCAUAAUGUAGACUACUUUCAUGGUGUGUUGUGAUAUUAUAACCUACAUAAUGUCAUAAUGUAGACUACUUUCAUGGUGUGUUGUGAUAUUAUAACCUACAUAAUGUCAUAAUGUAGACUACUUUCAUGGUGUGUUGUGAUAUUAUAACCUACAUAAUGUCAUAAUGUAGACUACUUUCAUGGUGUGUUGUGAUAUUAUAACCUACAUAAUGUCAUAAUGUAGACUACUUUCAUGGUGUGUGUUGUUGUGUGUGUGUGUGUUUUCUUUCUUCACUUUUUAUAAAUCAAAUGCUGUAAGAUACACAAUGUUGUGAUGUCCUUUGUUGUGUGUUUGUUUUCUACUUUUAUAAAUAAAAUGUUUAAACAAUGUUGUAAUGUAUGUUGUGACAUCGCUUGUUAUACAAUGUGUCAUAAAUCUGCUGCUGGAAAUGC